AUGUCUGUUUCGCAGAAACUCUUCUUCAGUUUUACUCGUAAUUUUUAUUGUCGUUCUUCUCGAGCUCUCUUUCCUGCCGGGAACUCCCUUUAUCUUUCCCAUUUCACAAGUUCAUCGUUCUUUGUAUCAUCCAUGCCCCGCAAACAGCGAAGAGGUGGUUCUAAAGAACACAGGUGGAUAGAGGAGCCUAAUUCCGAUUGGCCAUCUACCUCGUCCUCAUUGACCGAAGACAUCUCAAAUGAAACUGCUGAAGUUAUCACCAAUAAACUUAACUCUUUGAGCGUUGCAGAACACAGUGGGCAAUCUGCUGUUUCAGUACCGGCUCUACAGUUUGGGAGUGUUGGGUUGAUGAACCAUGCUCCUGUUCAGGGCCAGAAAGCAAUAUGGAAGCCCGAGGUAUAUGGAACUGCAAUUGGAGCCACUACAGUACAAGUUGAUAAAGCUCCAGCUGAUCAAACUACGGUGCUGGAUAAUGGAACUCAGACAGCAUCAAGUGGGAAACAUGAUGCUGUUCUGAGUAAGUUGUUCAAAGGAAAUUUAUUGGAAAAUUUUACUGUGGACAACACCACAUAUUCACUUGCACAAAUUAGAGCAACAUUUUAUCCAAAAUUUGAAAACGAGAAGUCUGAUCAAGAGAUUAGGACACGAAUGAUAGAAAUGGUUUCCAGGGGCUUAGCUACAUUGGAGGUUUCACUUAAGCACUCUGGAUCCCUUUUCAUGUAUGCUGGACAUGAGGGUGGAGCUUAUGCCAAGAACAGCUACGGGAACAUUUAUACUGCUGUUGGCGUCUUUGUACUUGGACGUAUGUUCCGUGAGGCAUGGGGUUCACAAGCCAGCAAGAAGCAAUCUGAGUUCAAUGAGUUCCUUGAGCAAAACCGCAUGUGCAUAUCAAUGGAGCUGGUUACUGCUGUAUUAGGAGACCAUGGGCAACGUCCUCGAGACGAUUAUGUGGUUGUGACUGCCGUCACAGAAUUGGGUUCUGGAAAACCAAAAUUCUAUUCGACACCCGAUGUUAUCACUUUCUGUAGGAAAUGGCGGCUGCCAACAAACCAUGUGUGGUUAUUCUCAACAAGGAAGUCCGUGACAUCAUUUUUUGUGGCUUAUGAUGCACUCUGUGAAGAAGGAACUGCUACUCCUGUUUGCAAGGCUCUUGAUGAAGUUGCAGAUAUAUCUGUACCAGGAUCGAAAGACCAUGUAAGAGUGCAGGGUGAAAUAUUGGAGGGUCUAGUGGCUCGCAUAGUAAGCCAUGAGAGCUUGAAACAUAUGGAACAAAUUUUGAGUGACUUUCCUCCACCACCAUUAGAGGGAGAUGGCCAGGAUUUGGGACCUAGCCUGAGGGAGAUAUGCACAGCAAAUAGAACUGAUGAGAAACAGCAAAUAAAGGCACUUCUUGAGUGUGUUGGGACGUCUUUCUGCCCAAAUUAUAUGGAUUGGUUUGGAAAUGAAGCCUCUGAUUCUCAUUCAAGAAAUGCAGAUCGAUCUGUAGUGUCAAAAUUUUUGCAAGCACAUCCAGCAGAUUAUUCCACCACCAAACUGCAGGAAAUGGUUCGUUUGAUGAGGGAAAAGCGAUUUCCUGCUGCUUUUAAGUGUUAUCACAACUUCCAGAAGAUAAAUUGUGUCUCAAGUGAUAAUCUUCAUUUCAAGAUGGUAAUUCAUGUACACAGCGACUCAGCCUUUCGCCGGUACCAGAAAGAGAUGAGGUUCAAGCCAGAAUUGUGGCCGCUAUAUCGAGGGUUUUUUGUCGAUCUAAAUUUAUUCAAGGCUAAUAAGGAGAGAGCAGCAGAAUUUGCCAAGGAAAGUGAUGCUGUAUUGAAAACUAUGAAUGAAAGCAACGGUGCAUCUGGAAAAGAUGGUUUAGCUGAUGAAGACGCAAACCUGAUGAUCAAGUUAAAAUUUCUUACAUACAAGAUAAGGACGUUUCUCAUACGGAAUGGCUUGUCAAUUCUUUUCAAAGAAGGUCCGGCCGCAUACAAGGCCUACUACUUGAGGCAAAUGAAGAUAUGGAAUACAUCAACUGCGAAGCAAAGGGAGCUCAGCAAGAUGCUGGAUGAAUGGGCUGUAUUCAUACGUAGAAAAUAUGGACAUAAACAGCUGUCAUCGUCUAUAUACCUUAGCGAAGCUGAGCCUUUCCUUGAACAGUAUGCUAAGCGCAGUCCACAAAAUCAAGCUCUGAUAGGAUCUGCUGGAAGUUUAGUGAGAGCUGAAGAUUUCUUGGCUAUUAUCGAGGUCAGGAGAGAUGAAGAGGGUGAUCUCGAGCCAGAAACAGAAAUGAAACAUUCAAGUCCAGUUCCCUCAGUGAAGGAAGCUAUUAGGAAAGAUGAGGGUCUCGUUGUCUUCUUUCCGGGAAUACCUGGUUGUGCUAAGUCCGCAAUUUGCAAAGAGAUAUUAAGCACCCCUGGAGGACUUGGUGAUGAUCGUCCAGUCCAUUCCUUGAUGGGUGAUCUAAUCAAAGGAAGAUAUUGGGCGAAGGUUGCUGAAGAACGCCGAAGGAAACCUUUUUCUAUCCUGUUAGCUGACAAAAACGCACCCAAUGAAGAAGUUUGGAGACAGAUUGAGGACAUGUGUCGCAGCACCAAUGCAUCUGCAAUACCUGUAGUACCCGACUCUGAAGGAACUGAAUUAAAUCCAUUCUCUCUUGAUGCACUUGCUGUUUUCAUAUUUCGAGUACUUCACCGUGUUAAUCAUCCGGGGAAUCUUGACAAGUCAUCUCCAAAUGCUGGUUAUGUGUUGCUAAUGUUCUACCAUCUUUAUGAUGGCAAGAGUCGCAGGGAGUUUGAGACUGAGCUUAUUGAACGGUUUGGCUCACUUGUGAAGAUGCCUUUACUCAAAUCUGACAGGUCUCCUUUGCCUGAAAUUUUGAGGUCUACUUUGGAGGAGGGAAUAAACCUUUACAAGCUUCACACUAAUACAUAUGGAAGACUGGAAUCCACAAAAGGCUCAUAUUUGAAGGAGUGGGCUAAUUGGGAAAAGCAAUUGCGAGAGACAUUGCAUGAGAAUGCUGAAUAUCUUCAUUCUAUACAGAUCCCAUUUGAAUUUGCUGUUGAAAAGGUUCGGGAACAAAUUAAGUCAAUUGCAAAAGGGGAGUAUAGGCCUCCUAGUACUGAGAAGCGGAAUUUUGGAGCCAUAGUUUUUGCUGCUAUCACGCUGCCUGUUUCAGAAAUCCAAAGUCUCUUUGACAAUUUAAAUGGGAAGGAUCCUCGGGUCGAAGUUUUCCUUAAAAACCAGGAUUUGAAGAGCAGUCUUUCGAAGGCUCAUUUGACACUUGCUCAUAAGAGAAGUCAUGGUGUAGCUGCUUUAGCGAGUUAUGCUUUGCAUCUUAACCAGCAAGUCCCAGUUGAGAUGACAGCGCUAUUAUUCUCCGAUAAAUUGGCUGCAUUGGAAGCUGAACCUGGCUCAGUUGAUGGGGAGAAAAUAAAUUCAAAGAACGAAUGGCCCCAUGUCACAUUAUGGACUGCUGAAGGAAUUCCGGCCAAAGAAGCGAAUAUGUUGCCCCAGCUGCACACACAAGGAAUGGCUACUCGCAUCGAGAUCAACCCACCUAUCCAAAUGACAGGAACGCUAGAAUUUUAUUGA